UAGAAUAUAGAACCGACGUAGUUGGUUGUGCACGUCCAGCUGGAUAAUGUGGGAUGCAAACGUUCGUGCCUAGUACUUUAAUUCGAUUCGUUUGACUUCUGAGACUCCGUGCGGCAUGGAUGACUACCUGUGAAGUGUCUGUGCUUAGGACGCAGCCAAAAAUUUGCAAGCAUGUUGCGGGCAUUCCUGUGCUGGCGAUGUUCAUUGUAGCCGGAGAGGAGCAAGGUGUCCCGGUUGGACAGCUCUCUGGAACCAUUCAGAACGACAUCCUAAAGGAGUUCAUGGUGCGGAACACGUAUAUCUAUCCGCCAGAGCCGUCGAUGCGCAUAAUCGGCGAUAUUUUUGCGUUUGUGUCAAAGAACAUGCCAAAAUACAAUUCCAUUUCCAUCUCCGGCUACCACAUACAAGAGGCAGGGGCAAACAAUGUUCUGGAACUAGCGUUCACCAUUGCUGAUGGGCUCGAAUAUUGCAGGACAGGAUUGAAGGCUGGCAUGACCAUCGAUGACUUUGCCCCGAGACUGUCAUUCUUUUGGGGAAUCGGCAUGAAGUUUUACAUGGAGAUAGCUAAGAUGAGAGCCGCACGCAGGCUUUGGGCCACGCUGAUUAAGAAAAAUUUCGAUCCGAAGAAUGAAAACUCGCUAAAGCUGCGUACUCACUCCCAGACCUCGGGCUGGUCACUCACGGAGCAAGAUCCUUACAACAACAUAGUCCGCACCACAAUUGAAGCCAUGGCAUCUGUUUUUGGUGGCACACAAUCCCUGCACACUAAUGCCUUCGACGAGGCACUUGCACUUCCAUCCAGGUUUAGUGCGAGGAUUGCCAGAAACACUCAAAUCAUUCUCCAGGAAGAAAGUGGAAUACCACAUGUAAUAGAUCCUUGGGGCGGUUCAUACCUCAUGGAGGCUCUCACGGCCCAAGUGUACGAUGAAGCCCUUAAAAUAAUCACCGAGGUUGAAGAAAUGGGAGGCAUGGCAAAGGCAGUGGCAUCGGGCAUGCCCAAACUGCGAAUUGAGGAAUGUGCAGCCAGAAAACAGGCCUUGAUUGACAGUGGCAAGGAGGUCAUUGUAGGUGUAAACAAAUAUCGCCUCGACAAGGAGGACCCCAUCGAUGUCCUGAUGGUAGACAACACAAAGGUGAGAGCCUCACAGAUUGCUAAACUCGAGCAUAUCCGCAAGACCCGAGACAAUGCAAAAACAGAAGCGGCACUAGAUGCCAUCACAGAAUCUGCAAAGACUGGAGAAGGCAACCUGUUGGCACUGGCUAUUGAAGCGGCUCGACUUAGAGCUACGGUUGGCGAAAUCUCCUACGCCAUGGAGAAAGUGUUCGGCCGCCACGUUGCGUCUGAUAGAAUGGUUUCUGGUGCCUACAAGUCAACAUUCGGAGAGGAUGAUAAGGAAAUUUCGAAUGUGAUAGCCAAAGUGAAUGCCUUCCAGGAUCGGGAAGGACGAAGGCCCCGUAUUCUCGUUGCCAAGAUGGGACAAGACGGCCAUGACAGAGGUGCAAAAGUAAUAGCCACAGGAUUUGCUGACAUGGGCUUUGAUGUUGAUAUUGGUCCGCUGUUUCAGACACCUGAAGAAGUCGCGCAGCAAGCAAUCGAUGCUGACGUACACGUUGUCGGCGUGAGCAGCUUGGCUGCCGGUCACAAGACCCUUGUGCCAGAGCUGGCAAAAUGCCUGAAAAACAUGAACAGGCCAGACAUACUCAUUGUUGUUGGAGGUGUCAUUCCACCGCAGGACUAUGACUUCUUGUACAAGGCAGGUGCUGCUGCAAUCUUUGGUCCCGGCACACGCAUACCAGUUUGUGCUGAGCAAGUGCUUGAACUCCUCUCGGGAAAGAAAAAUGAAGAGAAAGAGAAGCAGCAAGCAUGAUCACAUUCAUUGGAAAUAAAAUGCACUUUGUUUAAAUUGU